AUGGCCUCCGAUUCUUCAGAGUCACCGAUGAUCCUUACCCCGGAUUCUACUGGCACUAAUAACGGCCCAAACGCCGACACUUUCCCAGAUUCCCCAUCUACGACCACGUCAGUCACAGCCGCGAAGAAAGCGCGUCGACAGACUGCUUUUUACCCCAACAUGAAUUCUUCGAACAAGCCUAUGAAGCCCUUCAGCAGAAGCGCUGCAAAACGCGAGAGCGUCAUGGCUUUGGGAAGCAUCGAGCACCUGCAGCACUAUUUCACAAAGACUGGUUUGGCGGCUAAGAAAACUCCUUUAGCUUUAGCGGGCAAACCACAUCAUGGACUUGUGCUUGCGAUCGGGGGCAUGGCCCAUCUACCAACGAGCCCCUCACUGAGCGAUAUUCAGGACGUUCCAGCAUUUCAGAUGCCACCGUCACCUGCGAUCCCAGCGCCCCCACCGCAAAUAAUCCCACCGCAUGUAAAGAUCUACGAAGUUGACCCAGAAUCGCUACUGCCUGGUGUCAUUGAAGACGUGAUUGCCGUUGCCCAAGCAUGGAAAGUGGAGAACUAUAGGGAUGAAUCGUCACCGCCAAAUCUAGAUACCCCGUUCGAUGUCCUGGAGGUGCUGAAGACGACGACUCGCGCUAUCAAAUCAGUGCGCAACUACCUGCUCUCACUGCCUGAUGAAUCCGCUGGGACGAUCAGAGCACAUUUCAGACCACGCAUUCUUGGCCCGGGAAAAGCAUCAUCCAGUAGCUCGUCCUCCUCUUCGUCAUCGUCUCCCCCAAACCCAACCCAACCGGAUCCUAUCAUCCUCAUCAGACGAUCAGCGUUGGAAGUCCUCACCGUUCUCCGCCAACUCGAGGAGAACUGCCGGCUCCCACUUGAUGACGAUGCCUAUGAUGCUCAGAGCGACGGCGGCCACUCACAUAGCGACCCAAGCGCAUCCAGCCCGUCCAACGGCACGCUUGAUCUUCCGCCUGAUGGGCUUCAUCAUCAACCAGGCCAUCGGUCUGAUCACGAUCACGACUCUUCGAUAACAUUCUCGCUCGUCCAGGUGCAGGGCCGUUACGAGAGCGUCCCGGUAUGGGAGGACGAAGAGGGAACCUUCCGGGUCGAUGAUGAGGAAGAGAAAGAGAAGAAAGAUGAAUGGGAGGAGAGACUCGUCUUGGGCACUGGGUGGUUGUACCGGCAAAACGUAAAACUCAGCGAUUUGGUCAAGGAACGGGACGUGGUUGACGCGUAUCUUGACAUUGUCGACGAAGUUUUGUUUGAAGGGAAACGAGCGCCUGGGGGUGAGCGCGGCUGGGAUAAAGUCAGACGGAAACGAGAAGGCAGGGCAUCCUCGAGGGCCGCUAAGAUCAGGAGAGUUAGCAGUGGAGAAGGCAGGACUCUUGGCUCUGUGGAAGCUGAAGCUGCGAAGAGACGAGCGUCGACUGGCAUGGUCAACGUUAUGAUGCGAGGCAUGAGUCUUUCAGAAGAGCCAGAAGAUAUGGAUGAUAUCCAGGAGGAGGAAGAACUAACAAUCGAGGACGAUGAUCUACCAGAAUGGGCCAAGCGUUCAGCAUUUAUUGACGAUCGAUUGGGUCGUGUUCACGCCGUGCUUGAGUUUUUCUUACCACCUCAUCUCCAGCCUGCACUGGGGUCAGCUUCAUCCAGGGCUGAUCUAUUGUCAAGUCUCUCAUCUGGUCAAUUACUUUGUGUUGCUUACAACUCGUGCGUACGAAAGUCAAAGAAACCAUGGGGUUUCGUCGCCAAAGAUGGCGUGCAUGACAUCCUCGCUCUUGAGAAAGCAGCGAGGGAGGCAGGUGAAGAGAAAGAAGGCAAGAAACUAUGGACAUUCCGUAGGACGGAUAAUCUUCGACUCUGGGUCGGGGCAUUGAAGCUGAGGUACAUGAUACCCAUUCGAGUUCCAAAUCAACAACUUCCUGGCUCCACAUCCGCCACAAACACGCCACUCAGUUCACCAUCAGCCACCGCUCAACGAUUUGCCAUGAGCAAAGCGGACCGCGAACCGCCAAUUCAUUUUGACGCGCGGGUCGUGGCCAAGAAGGAAGAAGGGUGGGAAGAAAUGCUAGAAGUUGUUCUGCAUCGCUGGAUAGACAAGGUUGUGGAAGAGAGACGAUCAUUCCAGUGA